GAAAAAUUAUUGCUAUUUUUGGGACAACAUCCGUAUCAAACGGAAACAACCAAGAGUGUUAUUGUUCUUCUAAUGACGUUCACCCUAUUAAGUAUGGCUAUUCCAUCGUUGAUCGAGAUGUAUGUGCAAUUGCGUAAGAAGAAUAUGGACGAUAUGAUGGAGAGUUUUGCGAAUACUAUUGCUGCCGCGACCAGCCUGGUGAAAUUGUUGAACGUUUACUUAAACAGGGAAAAUUUUAGAAAAAUGUAUAAUCUCGUGACAAUAGAGUGGGAGCAGUUGAGGAUGAACGACGAGGUGCAUGUGCUUCAAGAGGUUACUUUGAAAGGUAGUAAAUUGGCCCAAUUAUACAGAAAUGCUUUACUCUUCGCAAUGUGUGUUUUCUUGCUGGUCCCAUUGUUUGGUCCAGCCCUGGACAUCGUCCUUCCAUCAAAUGAAACUAGGCCACGGCAACAACUGUUCAGAGUUAACUAUAUAAUUUUCGACCAAGCAGACUAUUUUUUCUACGUGUAUAUUCAAUUGUUUUGGUGUACAAUCGUUCUUGUAAUGGCCAUUAUCACCGUAGAUUCAUUGUACAUGAUCAUAAUUUACCAUGCCAGCGGAAUGUUCGCUAUAUGCGGCUACCAAGUGAAAAAAGCAACAGAAUUUGUGGACUCAAUCGACAACAGUAACAUUUCUCAAAAUCAUACACACGAACAGUUCAAACGAUGCGUGACUAUGCACGAUAAAGCUAUCAAGUUUUACGAUAUUCUAAACGAGAGCAGUCGAAACAGCUACUUGCUUCAGGUUGGAUUGAGCAUGAUGAGCAUCAGCGUGACUGCUGUGCAGAUAAUGCUCGCCCUGGAUAGACCGAGCGAAGCUAUUAGAUAUUCUGUGGUUCUUGGAGGUGCGCAAUUUCAUUUGUUCAUCAUUAGCUUACCUGGACAGACACUCGUGGAUCAUUGUACCAUGCUAACGAACGAUAUAUACUCUUCCACGUGGUAUAAGGUAUCGGCAAAAUUUCAACGAGUAAUUUACAUGAUGCAAAUAAGGGCUCUAAAGCCGUGUAUUUUGACUGCAGGUGGAUUGUACGAAAUGAACAUGGAGAACUUUGCAAACACAUUCAAAACGUGCAUGUCGUACUUCACAAUGCUGAUGUCAUUUAGGGAAUAA